AAUUUCUAUUGUUGUUUCAAUGUUUCGGUUCUGCUGCUGUUGGCCGAUGGCGUAUUGUUUUAUUAAAAUACCAAGCUUUAACUGUUGAAGCAAUUACAGUAUUAAUACAUAUAUCUAGUUUUGUAGGACUCUUCGAAAGUUAUCGGAGAUAAACAUGUCUCGGAGUUUGUAUACAUUCGUCAUUCUACUGCUUAUUCAAAAUGUUGUCAAUUCUUUAAAACUCUUAGUCAGCAAUAAUGGUCCAGUUGUUCGUGGAUCCAACAUAACAUUUACUGCAACAGUGCUUGGUUAUACGGAUGAGGAACUCAAAUUCUCUUAUUGGGACGAUGUUCAACCACAACAUCGUGAAGAUAUUACAAAAAACACUAAUGUAUCAACAUGGACAGUAGAAUAUCCGCGUAAUUUGUAUGAAGCAGGAGAAUAUACAGUGACUGUGGAACUUUUGAAAAACUUUUUUGGUCUCUGGAUAAAGCAAACGUCAGGAACCACAACAUUUCAACUGACAGACUCACUGCAUGGGAAUCUGAUACUUACACAGAACAAUACAGUGAGAUCAAAUAGAUAUGUAGCUGUGAACAACACAGUCCAACACAAAGUUCAGCUACCCGACAAUGAGAUGCAGUUUCUGAAACAAAACGCAUCAUCAAUUGUAACAUACUGGUUUAUUGAUUGUAUGUUUAUAGACCAAACUACUGACUUUGCUCUUAACUAUACAUAUACAGAUCUUAUGACAGACCAUUAUAUAGAUGCAUUAGUUGUUGCUAACAAUGAACCAUUGCCACCAAUUACAACAACAACUACUACUACUUCUACCACAACCACAACAACCACUACCACUUCUACAACUACUACAACAUCAACAACAACUCCUAAACCAACUACGGAUAUUAAUACCUCAGUACCUACAACACAUAAGGUAGCGAAAAGGGAGAUAACAAAAAGAAAACAUGCAAUCAAGGAUUUCAUUUGUAACAAUUCCAGUAUUGUGCCCAUUGGGGAGACAUACACAUAUGGGCAUUAUCAGGAGACUAUUAGUAUUAGAGAACCAAUCAGUACAAUGAAUAUAACUGGAUUAAAUUGGUUGCAACAUGGUGAUUUACUGAACCUACGUGUGAAGUACACAGGGUCACCGCCAUUUGACUUCUGUGCUAUAUACAAAUUUGGCCAGUACAAUGUGACAGGGAAUGAGACAUGCAUAGUCAAGUCAAGGACAGAAUCAAAUGUCUUCCCACUAGUGCAUUAUUUCUCAGACAGCGAUCAACACACUGUUGUAGUUGUUGUUGAGAAUGUACUUGGAAAAAGUGUGUCGAGGGCAACAAUUAAUAUUUAUAAAGCGUCAGUCCACGCGCAGUUGUCUGUAAUAGUGGUACCGGUGGCAUUUUCCUUUGUCGCUGUUAUCCUUGUCGUGUUUGGUGUUGCCUACUAUCAGCAUAGAUCUAGUCACACAAUAGAAGUGGCAGACUUCGACUUCGGUCAGCAAGUGAACUUUGAUUACAAAACAUUCGCUGAACGACUUCGGGACAGCUUUCGAAGUGCUUUUAAUUUCCAUAGAGAAGACACAGAUCCAUUAACGGAUACGAUGUACCACUCUAUGUGAAUUAUUUAUCUGUGGUUCAAACUUGGAUUUGUCUAUGUAGACGAAUGAAUGAAUGUACCGCGUGUUUGCUACUGCUGGAUGAAUGUAAUGGCAGUCGAGGAUGGAUUAUAUUGAGGCCUAAUUCCCAAUUUAAUUAUUAGUAUUUAUAACAUAUAAAUUAUAUACAAGCCCCUCUUAGAGUGUCUAAAGACAGAGCCGUCGUGGAGUUUAAGAUCGCUGCAGUGCAAAUUUUUUACAUAGACAACAAUGUAACGUCAUUAUAGUUAGACAGUAAUCUUGAUACUUAAUAUGAACAAAUGAAAUAAAAACUAGUUUAUUAAUGCCACGUAGGUCCUCUUUCAGCUCUAUAAUUUCUGGCACGGUACACUGAUAUAAAAAAAAGAGUGUGUACUUAAUAUGUACACGCGUUAAAAGUUAUACUUCUUUGGCGUAUGGAAAAAAAAUAACUAAAAUGCAGUAGUGA